ACCGCGCGUGCGCCGGUGUCACGUGGUUUGCGCAGGGCCACGCGUGGGGGGCCCGGAGGGAGUUCCUGACUCUUCCCAAACCUUCCCCGCAGCUCUUGGCGGAGCCCCUGCACCCCUGGGGCCACGGGAGGAUCGCCACCAGGGGGGUGGGGACUAAAUUUGGCGGGGGGAAGUCCCCAAAGUUGUCCACUCCCCACUCUCCUCCCCCCCACCCGCCGGCAUCCACGGGUUUAUGGGGGGAUACUCUCCGAGGCGGUGUCCCCUAAUUAGUCCGUGGGUGUGGGAGCUGCUUCCCACUCCGUGGUGCUCCUCAUCCUCUUCUUCCCACAGUACCCUCACCCACCAGCAUCCCUGGGACUAUGGGAGGUUCCCUUAGUGGGGUGGGUCCCCGAAAUUUGGGGAGGGUGGUCCUGUAAUUUGUUCAUGAGUAUGGGGGGCUUCUUCUCACCCUCUUUUCCCCACAGGACCCCUUCCAUUCCCAUCAUGCUGCUCCAGAGCUCCUGGGCUGUGCUGCUCCUGUGCACCACUGCUGGUUUUUUGGGGUGGCUGGGCCUUGCUGCCUCCCCAAAGAAGGAGAAGCUCCAGGAGACCUGGAUGAGGUCGGUGCUGGAUGACACCCCCAUGGCCCAGCUCAUGCAGGACAUCGCCCACCAGAUAGGGAAUGUGAGCAGCCAUGGGGCUGCACAACUCUGGGGAGGACACCAGGUUGUCCCAUCCAACCUCCAUCAGGAGCAGGAAAGAACUCAGGAUGUUCAUCCCCAACCAGAGAGCAACCUGGUCCUUCAGGAGGUGAUGGAGAAGCUGCAGAAGGUCAACCAGAGCCUGGAGCUGAUGCUGACAGUCUUGGAAGAUGCACGAAGCCACCUGGAGCACCUCAAAGCCAUCCCUGACCUGGAUGGUCAGAGCCAAAGUGCCACCUCCUCCUGCAUCCCACACGGCUCAUACUUCAUGCUCCUGCUUCUCCCACUGGUGCCAGCAUCAUUCCAGGCCAUCCUUCUCCUCCUCUUCCUCGCUUCCAGUGCCCUCGGCAUUCCAGCAAUGUCCACUCUUCUGCUCCUUGCUGUGGCAGGGCAUUUCCUGGUGGCACCUGCCUGCCGUGGUGCCAGAAGGAUCUGGCCAGUUGUUCCCCGGGAAGAGCCCCGGUACCGUCUCACCUCCACCCCAGAGAGGGAAUGUGAUAUAGAGCUGCUGCAAGAGGAACUGGACAGGAUGGAGAUGAGCUGCCUGCAAGAGCCCUCAUACCUGGAGCAGCGCCAAGAGGUGACCAGGGACAUUCCCAGAUUCACUGGGCGAGUGUCACCUAACCCUGGUGGCCAGAGGACAACACCGAGCUCAUGUGGGGUGACACCAGAGCCGGUUGUGGAUGCUGGGAAGCUCUGGAAGCCCAAGCCCUGCAGCCCGAGAGCCAACAUGUCUCCAUGCCAGGGGCUCACCAGGGCUGGGCAGCGGUGCCGGAAGAAAGCCAUUCCCGGGCAGGAAUUCUGCCACAUCCACAUCACUGGCAGUAGCUUGGCCAUGGAUUCACCCCCUCAUUUUUGACCUUCUACUCCCUCACAGAGAGGUUUGAACCCUUUUUAUGGUUAUUCCAGAUCCUGGUGGAGAACAUGGAUGCCACUGGAUGUGGGUACAGGGCAGAUGUUCAUUAUCCCACCAGUUUUAUGCUAUUUGCAUAUAUUUUAAUAAAUGCCACAUUUACAGCUGCAAUCUUUUCCA